AGGAGAGGGACCGUUAGAGAGCAGGCCUGCACAUUGGUCUUCUUUGGCCAAAGAAGGCGAAUGCACAUUUUGGGUUGAAUUGGCUUCUUAACGAACAAUAAGCUGUCAUGAUGCAAGUGGCGAGUUUUCUCCCGCUCUUCCUGACCCUCUCCGCUGAAGUGAAGCGCGCAGCCGCGGGUCCCGGCGCCGGACAGAACACAUGGGAACGCUUUAAUAAACUCCCCUAUCCCUACGACCAGGCUUUCCUCUACGACACCUUCCCCGAUGGGUUCAUGUGGUCUGUGGGCACCGCGUCUUACUCCGUGGAAGGGGCGUUCGAGAAGGACGGCAAGGGACUGUCCGUGUGGGACACCUUCACUCGCGGUGGGAACCGGAAAGCCAUGGGCGACGUGGGAAGUGACAGCUAUCACAACAUCCAGGGCGACAUCCGUGCGCUCCAGCAACUCGGCGUCAGUCAUUACAGGUUCUCUCUAUCUUGGCCCCGGAUCUUCUCGAACGGCACCCGCAGCAGCUACAACGAAAGAGGAGUAGCGUACUACAAAACUCUUAUUCAGAAACUUAAGGAGAUAGGAGUGCAGCCGGUCGUUACGCUGUACCACUGGGACCUGCCCGACGUCCUGCAACGGCUCUACGGCGGAUGGAGUAACCCGAUUUUGGUGGACCUCUUCAAAGACUACGCCGACUUUUGCUUCGAAACUUUCGGCGACGACGUGAAAUUCUGGAUCACGAUUGACAACCCGUUCGUUGUGGCCUGGCACGGAUAUGGAACAGGGAUUAUGGCACCCGGGAUAAAAAAUGACCCGGACUUGCCUUUCAAAGUCGGACAUAUUCUCCUGAAGGCUCACGCGGCCGCCUGGCACGUGUACGACGAGCGGUACCGCCCCCUGCAGGGCGGGAGGGUCUCCAUGGCGCUGGGCUCGCACUGGAUCGGGCCGAGCCGGUCCCGGCGGGAGAACCGGGCCGCUCUGCCGGCCUGCCAGUGCUCGCUGAACUCCGUGCUGGGCUGGUUCGCCCGGCCCCUGUUCGGCGACGGCGACUACCCGCAGUGCAUGAGGGCGCGCCUGGGCCCCAGGCUGCCCUCGUUCUCCCGCGCCGAGCGGGCGCUGGUCAACGGCACGGCGGACUUCUUCGCCCUGUCCUUCGGGCCGUCGCUGAGCUUCCAGCUGAACGACGACGGCCUGAAGCAGGGCCAGCGCGAGGAGCUGGACCUGCGCAUGCUGCUGUACUGGGUCCGGGCCGAGUACGACGACCCCGACGUCUUCGUGGUGGAGAACGGCUGGUACGUCAACGGCAACUCCCGCACCGAGGACCCCAAGCACAUGUACUACCUGAAGAGGUUCAUCAUGGAGACGCUCAAGUCGAUCCGGUACGAUAAGGUGCGGGUGAUCGGCUACACGGCCUGGUCGCUGGUGGACGGGUUCGAGUGGUACCGCGAGUACACGGUGCGGAGGGGCCUGUUCUACGUGGACUUCCACACGCCCGACAUGAGGCGCGAGCCCAAGACCUCCGCCAAGUUCUACAGGAAGCUCAUCGAGAGCAACGGCUUCCCGCCGCUGCCCGAGAACAUGGCCGCCAGCGGGGUCUUCCCCUGCAACUUCACCUGGGGCGUGGCCGCCAACUCCAUACAGGUGGAGACCGCGCCCUCCCGGUUCGCGGACCCCAGCGUCUACAUCUGGAACAUGACGGGCAACGGGGAGCUGCGGAGGCUGGAGGGCGCCCGGGCCCCGCCCGCCCCCCGGCGGACGCCCCGCUGCGCGGACUACGCCACGGUGCGGCGGCAGGUCUCCCAGCUGCAGCGCCUGCGCGUCAGCCACUUCCACUUCAGCCUGAACUGGUCCACCCUGGUGCCCACGGGCAACGCCUCGCACGCCAACGCCUCGCUGCUGGGCUACUACCGCUGCUUCGCCCGCGAGCUGCUGCGCGCCAACGUCACGCCCGCCGUCUCGCUCUGGCACUACAUCCGCGACAAGUCCAGCCUGCCGGCGCCGCUGGAGGCCCGCGGAGGCUGGCGCGGCCCGGACACGGUGGCCGCCUUCGCCGAGUACGCCCGCCUCUGCUUCCGCCAGCUGGGCGCCUACGUCAAGUUCUGGAUCACGCUCAACGAGCCCAACGCCAAGAAGCUGAGCUACGAGGUGGGCCACAACCUGCUGCGGGCGCACGCCCUGGCGUGGCGCGCCUACGACCGCGAGUUCCGCCGCAGCCAGGGCGGGAAGAUCUCGCUCACGCUGCACGCCGACUGGGUGGAGCCCGCCUACUCCUUCAACCGGCACGACGUGGACCCCGCCAACCGCAUCCUGGACUUCUGCGUGGGCUGGUUCGCCCAGCCCGUCUUCGGCGACGGGGACUACCCGGCGGGCAUGCGCUCCUGGCUGCAGCAGAGGACCACGCUGGACCUGUUCAGCCACCACCUGCCGGUGUUCAGCCCCGCCGACCGGCAGCUGGUGAGGGGCACCUUCGACUUCUUCGCCCUCAGCCACUUCUCCACCACCAUGGUGUCGGACGUGAUGGAGAACCCCUACAGCUUCGAGGCCCUGCUGGAGGUGCACUACAUCUACGACACCACCUGGAUCAUGUCCCCCCGCCGGGGGUCGCCCGUCGUGCCCUGGGGGCUCCGGAAGGUCCUCGGCUGGAUCGACUCCAAGUACAAGGGCGUGCCCAUCUACAUCAUGUCCAACGGGGUGGACGAGGACCCGGCACGCUUCAAGGACAGCCUGCGCGUGUACUACCUCUACAACUACAUCAACGAAGCUCUCAAAGCGUAUAAGCUGGACGGGGUGAACCUGCAGGGCUACUUCGCCUACGCGCUGACUGACGAGCGGGAUCCGGGCUUCGGCAUGUACGGACACGUCAACGACGACUACAUCGUCAAGUCCUCGCUGCACCACUACCGCAACAUCAUCGACCACAACGGUUUCCCCGCGCCCUCCGCCAGCCCCCAGCAGUGCCCCCCCCUGCCCCAGCCCUGUCCCGGCUGCCACCUCUUCUCCAAGCGCCCAAUCAUGGGCUUCCUCUCCCUGGUCGGCUCCGCCCUCCUCGUCUCCGUGGGGAUGAUUAUAUACUACGCCACUAAGAGGCAUAAAUGACCAAACUAACCGAACAAAAUGAUGUCUCUGUCACUACAGCACGGACUUGCUGCCCCCCCCCCCUCACCCUCCUGGUUGUUUCUCUUGAUUUCUUCUCCUGGGGGAGGGAGGAAUGGGUGCUUGUGAGCAGGGGUGUUGCUGUUCUUUAUUGUGUGAUGACUGUGACCUCUGACCUCUUCUGAUGGAUGAUGGGAUCACGUCAUCAGCAGGUCACAGGUCUGCGCCAAGCUUUCCCUCCCAAAAAACAGUCAGUCAGUCAGUUGCAUGCCGAGGUGGACCAAUGACACACGAGGACCAAGAAUGGGGGGUGUGGCCUUGAGCAGGUGACUCAUGCCGUUGGGUAUUCUGACUAAAGAAACCAGUGUAGCAGCAGCUCAAAACGUACUGCCGGUUCCAGCACUGCAGGUGGGCUGUACAAUAACCAACCUGUCAUCUGUUAUGUGUGCUGCACUAGCUACAGAGUGGGCCUAAUUGCCCCCUUAUGUCAGGAUAUAUUUUAGUGGUGGGGCCACAGAAACCAGUAGAAUACAGACCAUUUUCAUUUUUGUUAAUAAACUGAAGGUUGCACUGGUAAGAUUGUCAUAUACAGAAGUUUCCCUCCAUGAUAGGAGUAAUUUAUAGGAUCUGUUUAUCAAUAAUUGUUUGAUUUACAGAGAAGUAUUUUCUAUUGUCUUGCCAUAGGUUACUGAACUGCAUCACCAUGAAACUGUACUAUUUGAUACCAGUUACUUUUUUUCUCCUUCUGUGAUCUGGUUGCCUCAUAUUGAAAUCAAGAAUCUAGUUUGGAAACAAAUGUCUCCAAAAUGUAUAAUUACCUGUAAUGUUUUAUGUCACUAUAUUAUUUAUUUAAAUAGAAUGCACACAGAAUAUGGUAAAAUUGACAUGCAUACUAUGUAUGGGGAUUUAUUUCACUAGUAAUUACAUACUACACAGAGGGUGUAUAUAUUUAUUUACUUACAGUGUGCAUAUUUUCAGUCUUUCAGGAUUCAAUAAAAGUCUUAAUCUCUUCACAGCAUCUAAGCAGCUGUUUUUAUUGCUCUGUUCUACCUGCUCAUUUGAACUGUUUGUACCUUUGCUUGUAAUUGAUUCACCAGGAUCAUAUUGCUUGAAAACCCAAAUAUUAGCUCUUGUUGAACAAUAAAUGCACUGAUUACAA